CCCAGCCCAUAAUAAAACAAAUAUUUGGAAACCCAAAGUUUAAUACUUCCAUAGCAGCAACUCAACCUGAGAGAAUGAGAGAGAGUGAGAAUGAGAGAGAGUGAGAAUCAGACAUUUGCAAUGGCGGCAAAGCCUAAACUCAGGUUUGUUAUCUCUCGAUUGUACAGUAGUUCUUUUUAUCAAGGGAUUUGGUUGUGAUGUUGAAUUGGGUUUUGUUUUUUCAGAGCUAAUAUUAUGAUAUUCACUUGAUUUUCUAAAACUUUUCUACCAACAACUUGUGUGAGUUUGUUGUCUAUAAUUGGAAUUUCAUUGAAAAUAUUAAGAAUAUGGUUGCAGAAACUGAAGUCGUUAACUCUAAUAUUGCCGUCUCUUGCUUACAAGCUGAUAAAAAGACCCCAUCUGAUGUACUGCAGUUUGUACCAAAUAUUUGCUCAGGUAGCUCUGCUGAUAUCGGGCCACGUAAGCGUAGGGAGGAUGAACAUAUAAGGAUUGAUGAUCUUUCUCUGUACUUGGACUCAAUGUUUAGUUGUCCCAAGCCAAGUGCUUUUUUUGGGGUUUUUGAUGGUCAUGGAGGUCCUGAAGCAGCAGCUUAUGUCAGGAAAAAUGUGAAAAGGUUCUUUUUUGAAGAUGUGAAAUUUCCCGAAUACUCUGAAUUGAACGACUUGUAUCUUCAAGAAGUGGAGAAUUGCCUCCGCAAUGCCUUUCUUCUUGCAGAUCUAGCUAUUUUUGAAGAUAGCAGCAUCAGUUCUCGUACAGGAACAACUGCUCUUACAGCUUUGAUUUUGGGAAGGUUCUUGCUGGUUGCAAACGCUGGUGAUUGUCGUGCUGUCCUAUGUCGAAAAGGAGAAGCAAUAGAUAUGUCGCAUGACCACAAGCCUACAUACCCAUCAGAAAAGAGACGAGUUGAAGAGCUAGGUGGCUAUGUAGAUGAAGAGUAUCUAAACGGUGUUAUAGCAGUGACAAGGGCACUAGGGGACUGGGAAAUGAAGCUUCCUAAGGGCUCAGCCGCACCCCUCAUUGCCGAACCUGAACUAAGACAGACUAUCUUGACUGAAGAUGACGAGUUUCUUGUAAUGGGGUGUGACGGAAUCUGGGAUGUCAUAUCAAGUCAACGAGCCAUAGGCCUUGUGCGAUAUGGAUUAAGGAAGCACAAUGACCCACAACUAUGUGCUGAGGAGCUACUCAGAGAGGCUUUGAGGCUCGAGACUUUUGAUAAUCUGACUGUCAUAGUUAUUUGUUUCUCUUCUUGUGAUAAUCAGAAUAAUAGUCGCUCGAUGUUCAGGAGUCCGGGGUCUAAAGGUAGCCUCAAAGUGGAGUCCUUGUCAAAGCUGAAGAGCUUCAUAACUCAUUGAUAAGUAGAGUGUUGCUAACAUAUUUGUUGAAAAACAUGCUUGCAUUUUUGUUAGGGGUACACAUUAGAGUACUAGAGUGUUAAUUUUUCCGAAAUUCUUGCUCAAUUGAUUGUUUUUUUUUUCCUCA